AAUUCCAUUACAAUUUGGUGAUUUAGCCUAAUUGCCAUGUUCUAUUUUGGUUGUUUAUACUAUAGGAUGGGAAGGGUAAGGCUUAACAUGAGGAAAUUGGAGAGCAGUAGUAACCGGCAGGUUACUUAUUGCAAACGAAGGGCUGGCAUCUUGAAGAAAGCCAAGGAGAUUUCAGUGGUAUGUGAUAGCGACAUUCUCCUUCUUAUGUUUUCUCCGACUGGAAAACCAACGCUAUUUCUAGGCGAACGAAGCAAUUUUGAUGAAAUAAUUGCAAAAUUUGCUCAAUUGACUCCUCAAGAAAGGGCAAAAAGGAAGUUGGAGAGCCUUGAAACACUGAGGAAAACUUUUAAGAAGCUUGACCACGAUGUAGGUGUGCAAGAGUUUCUAGAUGCUAGUGAUCCAUCAGUUGAGGAAUUGCACAACCAAGUGAAAGUCUUGCAAUCUCGGCUUACUGAUGUAGAAAAGAGACUCAGCUGGUGGAGUAAUUCUGAUAAGAUAAAUAAGGAGGAGCAUCUUACACAGAUGGAGUGCGAACUAAGGGAGUCACUUAAUGCAGUUCACAAUCGGAAGGGAAUAUAUGGAAUUUUUCCAAAAGCUGGAUUAAUACUGAAGUAUUUGCUCCAGAGCAUGACACAUUUGCAUCUUCCGAUGGGCAGUAGACAAGACGAGCAGACCCUGACAUGUCAUCCGGCAAAUAACAGCCAGAACAUUCCAUUCCCUGUGGCACCAAACUUUCUAACACAAGGAGAUAUGGGGUGCUCCGGAGAUACAUCUGUUGCAGAAUGUUCUCAUGUUUUGGACUCUGGAAAAGAACUGGAGCUUGACCGAGCAAGACAGACAACUGCAAUGCUAGAUGACACUGUUUGGGAUGAUUUAAAUAGUAUAGCAUGCUUGAGACAGCAACUAAGUGAGCCAUAUUCGUACUAUCCUUGCGAUAAUCUUAAUCUGCUGGAAAGGAAAAGUUUGGAUUCUCAGAGUGAGGUAGAUUUGAGAGGAUAUUUGAUGGAUUAUGAAAUUCAAAGAAAUUUUAAUCUGCCUAGAUCUGUGGAUUCUGUCAAUAAUUCCUGGGAUAGUGCAGCUGGUGCCUCUGCAGCUCCAAUUUUGGAUGAAAAAUCAUAUCCGCAGUUUUUGGAUCUAUUUCCUGCAGCAAGGGAACUGUUCGCAUGAUUAAACAGCCGAGAUGUAGCAAAACUUGUGUUUUCUUGUGGCUAAAAGAACUCUUCAUUAGGGAAUGAGGUUAUAUUUACAGGUGCAGUUGCUGUUCGUAGAAAAUUAUGUUCAAAUGGUUAUAGGUUUUGUGCUCUGAUCUGUAUAUUUAGAAUAAGAGCUUGCUCAUAUAUGAGAUUUGAGACCAAGACUUAUUUCACUUUGCUUUAAUAAAUGACGAGGAUUUCUUCUGCAAUUCAGAUGCAAAUUGAACUACUAAAAGAAAGCUUUUCCCUUUUACCAAAUCCAAGUCUCGAUGAGAGUCGAGAACUAGCUAAAGGGGGCUUUUCUUCCUCUUUAUAUACUGAUGAUCUAGUGGGAA